AUGUUUCCAUUUGCAUCGGCACAGGUAUUUACGAUGCAUCCACAUCAUCAUCAUCAUCAACAACAACAACAGCAGCAGCACCGAGCAAUGCAGGCUCAACAACGACAAGCUAAUAUGCUGUUUUACCAAUUCAAUCAAUUACGUUCCAUGCAACCUAGUUUUUCAAAUCCUACUCUUACGCCUGCCAGAUAUAUACAACAGUCAAUAGAACAACAAAAACCACAGCAAGUAUAUCGAACUGAUCAAUUAGUGCCACAAUCUUCACCACUAGUGACAACUCCUGUUCAACAAAAGCAACAAAUUCCACGUUCUAGUCCGAUUAAUAUAACGUCAAUAGAUUCACCGAAUGCAUGGAUGGAUGGUAGUUUAUUAAAAAAUUCAGAAGUGUUUCGACCCAUCAUUCGUACACUAUCCAAUACGAAGCUCGAUGUUGUGUCUUAUGUAACCAUUAAUAAUAGUCUUGGAAGUACUAACUCUAUACCAUCGAUGGUCAUGUCAUUUGAAUCACCUAGACAAAUUCGUCAUCGUCGUUCAAAGCGUCAAUGGUCAUUAGGCAGUCAUGAUCAACGUCCACGACUUAAUAGUGGAUCAAGCUGUUAUGAAUCUGAUUCACCAGAAUUCUACAGUCAAGACGACGAUGAAUUUGAGUGGCGUCCAGCAAAUUCAAAGACAUUGGCAACAAUGUCACCACCAUCAAAAAAACGAUCACAAUCAGAAAUUCGAUCAGAUUUAUUGACCAAUGAACAAGUUUCAAAUGAUAUUUAUCGAGCACCAGCGAAUAACAAUGGUUUUCUUCCUACUAUUAAUCAAGCUAUUGAAUCAAAUACGAAUCAUAAUUCACCAACAAAGCAUCAUAAUAAUAUUUUUUCUCGACCUAAACUUAUACAGUACAUUGAAGAAAAUAUUAUUGGUAAAGAUUAUGUUUUUCAAGGACCCUGGGGUGUAAGACGAAUGAUAUAUUGUGAUUAUACAGCAUCAGGUCGACCAUUACAAUUUAUUGAAAGCUAUAUUAAAACUCAUGUAUUACCAUUAUAUGGUAAUACACAUAGUGAAACAAGUUUAUGUGCUCAACAAUCAACAAAAUAUCGUGAAGAAGCUCGUGAUAUUAUCAAAAAAUCGGUCAAUGCUAAUGAACAUGAUAUUUUAUUAUUUUGUGGUAAUGGUUCAACAGGUGCUAUUCAUACACUUGUUGAUACUUUUGAUCUUCAUGAUGAAAAUAUUCGAAAAAAUACAGUUGUUCUGAUUAGUGCAUUUGAACAUCAUAGUAAUAUUUUACCAUGGAAAGAAAAAGAUGUUGAAAUGGUUCGAAUACCAACAACACAACAAGGUACACUUGAUGUAUCAGUAUUAGAACAAUAUUUGCAAUAUUAUUCUUCAAUAAAUAAACGUAUUCUUUGUUCAUUUAAUGCUGCUAGUAAUAUUACCGGUAUUCUAACUGAUGUUAAUACUAUAUCUACACUUGUUCAUUCAUAUUCUGGUUUAAUUUUUUGGGAUUAUGCAACAGCUGCACCAUAUGUUAAAAUUGAUAUGAAUUCAUCACCUACUAGUUAUAAAGAUGCUAUAUUUAUUUCUACACAUAAAUUUGUUGGUGGACCAAGUACACCUGGUAUAUUAGUUGCUAAGAAGGUUUUAUUCAGUUUAAAACCUCCUAAAACAUGUGGUGGUGGAACAGUUAAUUUCGUUACUCGUACAUGUCAUGAAUAUAAUUACGAUAUUGAAACUCGUGAAGAAGGUGGUACACCAGAUGUAAUUGGUUGUAUACGAGCUGGUCUUGUUUUUCAAUUAAAAGAUUCAAUUGAUGCAAACUAUAUGCAAGCACGUGAAAAUGAAUUAGUUAAACGAUUUUAUCGACAUUUUAAAAAAACGAAAACAUUAAUUCUUCUUGGUUCACAAACAGCUCCACGUUUACCAAUAUUUUCAUUUCUUAUCUAUGUACCUAGUGUAUGCAAAUAUUUACAUCAUAAUUUUGUUUGUCUUUUAUUAAAUGAUUUAUUUGGUAUACAAGUUCGGUCAGGUUGUGCUUGUGCUGGACCAUAUGCACUUGAUUUAUUAAAUGUUGAUGAUGCACAAACAGAUGUUUAUUGUUUGUUUAUGACAGAAGAUAUUGAAGCUCGAGGAAGCGAUCAAAUUGUUCGAACAAUGAUGAUGAAACCGGGAUUCACACGUCUUAAUUUAGCAUAUUUUACCAAUGAUGAUGAUAUUGAAUAUGUUCUUAAUGCUGUUCAAUUUAUUGCUACAGAAGGAUGGAAAUUUCUACCAUUAUAUACUUAUAAUCCAUCUACAGCUGGAUGGACUCAUCGUAGUGGUUUUCAAUUAGCUACAUCAAGUCUUGAAGAUAUAACAUAUAAAUCUGGUAAAAUGCAAUAUUAUCGUAAUAAAAAAGAUGCAAUAUCAUCACGUGAAGAGAAAGUUCUAUCGAAUCCGUUUCGUGAAGCAAAAGUACUUGCUGCUAAUGCUUUACGUUAUGCAAUUGAUUCAAUUGAUUAUACAUCUGAUCCAGCAUUAAAUAUUCCAGAGAAAUAUAAACAUAUGAUUUGGUUUACAUUACCUAUUGAUAUUGCUCUAAUGAUGAUUGAACGAAAAGACAAUGUACAAAAAGAACAUUGUAAUAUUGAUUCAAUUCCAUUUAUACCAUUAGAUGCAAAGAAAAGACUUACUGAUUCAGGUAAACCAGGUGAUUCAUCAAAUUCCGAUCGUAAUCGAAAGAAAUAUCAUACAACUCGUGCUCCAUCAUCAUUACAUGCUCGAUAA